ACACAGAGGAAAAGAAGGACUGGAGCCCCCUCAAGUUCCAGACGCACGGCCAAGAGUAUCAGAGUCACCGACACCAGUGUGCGACCUCGUGCUGCAGCAUCAGCAGCAGCCACAGAGACCAUUGAUGUGCUGGAGAGCAGCAGGACUAGCAGUGAGUAGCAAUGGUUUUAUACCUUUCUCUUUGUCAUUUUGGUUGAUUAUGGAUAUUCUAACCCGUCUAUUGGCUGUGCAGGUGAGGAGGUGGUGGACUUGACAUGUGAAGGUUCUGAAUCGACUGUGGUUGACUUGACCAACAAUGAUUCUGUGGUGGUGAGUUCGGGAGCUCUCUUUAUGCAAAUAAUUAUGUAUACAUUUAACUGUUUUUAAUGUAUUUAUCAGAAUAUGCUUUUGUCACUGUUGGAAAGACUGACAUGUUGACAUUUUAUGUUUCUAUUUUUCUCUUUUCCACCACUGUGUGAUUGCGAAUGGGGAAACCAGGUUGUCGAUGAAGGUAAUUCAUUGCUUUUCCUCAACCACAACAAUUAUAUUUAGGUUAACAGAUGUUUUGGUCCUCUAUAAUAAAGUAAGCAUUUAUUACUAUAUCAAACAUGUAUUUUUCUAACUGUGAGUUUGUCUAUCUGCUUGUGUCUAUCUCAGGGCCUCAGGGCAGACGUGGAGCUGACAGUGAGAGUUACGUACUGAGCAGUGAUGAGGAGGAGGAUACUAAUGGGGGCCUCAGUGCCGACCUCCUGUCCUCUCUACAGGCCAGCAGUAGAGCCAGGUACUAAGCCCGACAACCUCUCUGAUCAUGAUAAUCUCAUCAGAUGGCAUAUCAAACUUUUUUUUACUUUUUUUUAAAUCAAUUUUAUUUGAAUAUUGGAGCACAUAAAAGCAACAUCAUCCAUCCGUUUAUCCACUCAUAAUCUUGGCAUGUGACCACUGAAAUCAAAACCUUGAGUUAGGGUAGACCCUGAUGGUCUCUUGUCCUCCAUAGGUCUACUCCAGGGACAGUCAGCUGCCCAGUGUGUAUGGACACCCAUGCUGAGGUAAGAGAAGCAUAAUUCAAUGUAUGUGAAGGUGACUAUGUCAAACUGUAAUUGCUGUGUAGCUACCAGAAUGUGAAGUUGUCCCCUCAACUAAGAUGGAGCCCUUUUCUCUUCUGCCUCUAGAUCAUUGAAAGUGGGAGACUAGUAGUCUCCACAAAAUGUGGUCACCUAUUCUGCAGUCAGUGCCUCCGCGACUCGCUGUUGAGAUCCCACACUUGUCCAACCUGUAGAAAGAAACUGACCCAAAAGCAAUGUCACCCCAUAUACAUCUGA